CGAUCGAUAUAAAAAUCGUGUUAUUUUGUAUUACAUUUCAUUUCAAUUCCGCUUUUUAUCAAAUUGAAAUGGAUUCUUACUAUGUUCCUUUGAAUGAAAAUCAAAUCGAAAAAAUUAAAAAAGAAUUAAACGUCUCUGAUGAAGUCAAAUUUGAGCAUAGUGUGAAAUUAUUUGAGGAAUGGGUUUCGUAUCAAACUUAUUUACCCCAACAUUAUGACAGAGUUUUAUUGAGAACUUAUUUAAGACAAUGUAAACACGAUUUGGAAAAAGCGAAAACGAAAUUUCGAAAUUAUUUAAUUAACAUUACGAAGCUUUCGAAUUUAUUCGAUAAUCGCCUGGAUUGUUUGCAACCGAAUCAAGCGAUUUCCAGGUAUAUGUAUAUGUUUCCAUUACCGGAAACGACCCCGGAAGGAUAUCGCGUGAUUUUCACCCGGAUUAUUAAUCCAGAUCCGAAUGUUAUGGAUUUACAAAGAAUUAUGCAAACGAUUACUUUGUAUGCUGAUUAUCGAAUGCACAUUGAUGAGAUAUCAUCUGGAGAUAUCUUCGUAACCGAUGCUGAAUUACUCCACGGUGGUCACAUGCCUGUUUUAUUAAAUAACACAAUGAAGAAAAGCAUCGAAAUAGCUUUAGAAAGUUAUCCGAUCCGAAUUAAAGCUAUUCAUAUAGUCGCUACUAUGCCACUGGCGAUUCAUGGAAUUAAUAUUUUUAAAGCGUUUCUUAAAGAAGAUCUUCGAGAAAAAAUUCACAUUCAUAAAAAUAUGCAAUCGGUGAUGAAACAUAUCCCAAUAAAAUGUUUUCCGAGCGAUUGUGGGGGUGGCCAAAAAUGUUUAAACGAUUUAAACGCUGAGAUUACUAAAGUUCUUCAAGGAGCAAGCGAUAUUUUUGAUAAUGUGCAAUCUUUGAAGUUGUUGGGACCUGUUCCGAAAGACGUCGAUACGAAUUCUUCUUUAGAAUUUGGGAUACAAGGGAGUUUUAGGAAAUUAAAUGUUGAUUAAUUUAUAAUUUCAAAAUUAUAAAGAGUAAAGUUAAAAACAUUUAA